AUGGGCGGCGGCGGCGGCGGCUGCGGCAGGGGCUCUUCUGGCGGCGGCGGCGGCUGCGGAGGAGGUUCCGGUGGGAUCGUCAAGUGCAUUGGCGGCGGCUCCUCCGGCGGCGGCGGCGGCGGCGGCGGCUGCGGCGGGGGCUCUUCCGGCGGCGGCGGCUACGGAGGAGGUUCCGGUGGGAUCGUCAAGUGCAUCGGCGGCGGCUCCUCCGGCGGCGGCGGCGGCGGCUGCGGCUGGGGCUCUUCCGGCGGCGGCGGCUACGGAGGAGGUUCCGGUGGGAUCGUCAAGUGCAUCGGCGGCGGCUCCUCCGGCGGCGGCGGCGGCUGCGGCGGGGGCUCUUCCGGCGGCGGCGGCGGCUACGGAGGAGGUUCCGGUGGGAUCGUCAAGUGCAUCGGCGGCGGCUCCUCCGGCGGCGGCGGCGGCUGCGGCGGGGGCUCUUCCGGCGGCGGCGGCGGCUACGGAGGAGGUUCCGGUGGGAUCGUCAAGUGCAUCGGCGGCGGCUCCUCCGGCGGCGGCGGCGGCUGCGGCGGGGGCUCUUCCGGCGGCGGCGGCGGCUACGGAGGAGGUUCCGGUGGGAUCGUCAAGUGCAUCGGCGGCGGCUCCUCCGGCGGCGGCGGCGGCGGCGGCGGCUGCGGCGGGGGCUCUUCCGGCGGCGGCGGCGGCUACGGAGGAGGUUCCGGUGGGAUCGUCAAGUGCAUUGGCGGCGGCUCCUCCGGCGGCGGCGGCGGCUGCGGCGGGGGCUCUUCCGGCGGCGGCAGCUGCGGGGGAGGUUCCGGUGGGAUCGUCCAGUGCAUCGGCGGCGGCUCCUCCGGCGGCGGCGGCGGCGGCUGCGGGGGCGGCUACUCCGGUGGCGGCGGCGGCGGCUCCAGCCAGCAGGUCUCGUGCCAGAGCUACGGAGGCGGUUCUAGCGGCGGCGGCGGUGGCGGCUGCGGGGGCGGCUACUCCGGCGGCGGCGGCGGCGGCGGCGGCUCCAGCCAGCAGGUCUCGUGCCAGAGCUACGGAGGCGGGUCUAGCGGCGGCGGCGGUGGCGGCUGCGGCGGCGGCUCCUCCGGCGGCGGUGGAGGCGACUUCGGCCAGACCACCCAGAGCGCGUGCGCGCCCCAGCAGAGCUGCUGCGUGGAGUUGUGUGGCGGCGGCUCCGGGGGCGGCGGCGGCGGCUCCUCCGGGGGCGGCGGCGGCGGCUGCGGGGGCGGCUCCUCCGGGGGCGGCGGUGGAAGUGGCGUGUGCGUGCCGGAGUGCCACCAGACCCAGCAGAAGCAGGCGCCCAGCUGGCCAUGCAAAUAAGGCUGGCGGGACUCCGCGGAGGCGAAGGAGCUGCAGGCGGUCUCCGUGGGCGCGGACAGGCUUAGCGCUCUCUCGACCUUGCGCUGAGGUUCCCAGACCUUUCCUGUCUUCCUACGCCGGUGGGAGCCAUUAAGCCUUCAGGCUGUUUUUUGUCCUGCGUUUUCCCUCCCGGGUUUCUGUACAGCGACCCUCCAGCCCCAGUGCCUCCUCAGCCAAUAAAUUUGCAAUUCCUGAGAA